AUGCCUAAUAUGAUAAACCCAUUUCUCUGCACUCAUAUCAUAUACGCGUUCGCUAUUCUCGAUAAACACUCGCUUAUAAUGAAAGAAUCGGACGAAUGCACAGACAUUACAAAUAGAGGAUACGAACAAAUCACAGCAUUAAAAGAAAAAAAUCCUCGGCUUAAAGUUCUGAUAGCGAUCGGCGGUUGGAGUGAUAGCAGUGAUGGCGACAAGUAUUCUCGUUUGGUGUCAUCGCAAGCAAAUCGAGUUAAUUUCAUUGAAAAUGCUAUUCAUUUCAUGGAGAAACACAAUUUCGACGGCUUAGACCUGGACUGGGAGUACCCGACGUGUUGGCAGGCGAACUGCACGGCUGGCCCUCAAUCGGACAAAAUUAAUUUUGCCAUCUUUUUGAGAGAAUUGCGAUUGGCUUUCAAUAAACGUGCGAAGCCUUUGCUUCUGACAGCAGCUCUCGGCGCCACUAAAGAGAUUCUGGACAACUCAUAUGAGAUUAAUUCAUUGAUGGUUAACUUGGAUUUCAUUAAUCUAAUGACUUAUGACUUUUACACAACGGGUAGUUUAGUGGCCGCACAUCACUCACCACUAUAUUCACACCCAAAUGCUAGAGAUAAAUACAAUUCUGUAUUGAACUCCAAUUUCUCAGUUAAUUAUUUGAUCAGAAAGGGAGUGCCGGCUCAUAAAAUUAUCAUGGGCAUUCCGUUUUACGGGCGAACAUUCAAACUGAAUCAAAAUUCAAACAACGACUUCGGGUCGCCGGUCAACGGGACGGGAAUUGAAGGCAUUUAUACCAAAGAGAAUGGUUUUCUGGCC